CAUGUCGCUCGCUCUCUCCCUCUCUCUCUCUCUCUCUCUCUUGUUCGUCUCCUUCUUCACAAAUUCGCCAUGAAAAUUUCUUGAAGAAGCAGACAGAAGAAAAACCCUCUCUGCAAAACCCUAACCAGUAAUCCGAACCGCUUAGUUUCAUGUUCCUCCAGCUUUAAGGAGCCAGUUCGUCUUUCUCUCUCUCUCUCUCUCUCUGUUUUAGAAAAUGGGCUCCAUUAUCCCGUUUCAAGACCUCAAUCUAUUCCCAGACAACUCUACCACCUCCGCCAUUACAACUACCACCACAAUUCCAACACUGUUAACACCCAAAAUUGAGCCCAAGUCUGAGCCAGUCGACGAAAUCCCUCACCAGUCUCAGAGCUACCAAGAACCACUCUCGUCUUUCUUUCCUAAUUCAGUCCCUAUCUUCUUCUCUAAUCCCCAAAUUACCCCUUUAUCUCCAUCUCCAUCUCCAUCUCCAUCUCCCUCCACCCCGGCUGCUUCUACUAUCUCCUCCGCCGAAGAGACAGUCUACUCCGAGUUCUACCGCCUUUCGGAGCUCUUCCGCACUGCCUUCGCUGAACGAUUCCAGCAAUACUCCGACGUUCAGGUUAUCGAGCCGGAUUCCCGCGCAAUCGUCCCUGUACCUGACGAUGAUCGGCUAAACCAGGUCGUUGUUUCCCGCCGCAAAACCCCGAGAUCUACAGAGCUCGUGCGGGUAACGAACUUGACCUUGAAAGACAGGACAUAUUUUCGAGAAGUGGUGAGGAGAACGAGGAUGCUUUACGAAUCACUUCGAAUCCUUUCAAUCGUGGAACAAGAGAACCGGCGAGGAAUCGGGUUCAGGAGGCGGUCUCGUGGGGAUCUGAGGUCAGCCACUAUGAUGAGAGACCGUGGGCUCUGGCUAAAUCGCGAUAAGAGGAUAGUUGGUUCGAUUCCUGGUGUGGAAAUUGGGGAUUUGUUCUUCUUUCGGAUGGAAUUGUGUGUGGUUGGAUUGCACGGUCAAGCUCAGGCUGGAAUUGACUAUCUGCCCGGGAGCAAGAGCUCGAAUGGAGAGCCCAUUGCAACCAGCAUUAUCGUUUCAGGUGGGUACGAGGACGAUGAGGAUGCAGGAGAUAUGAUUAUAUAUACUGGUCAUGGUGGACAAGACAAGUUUUCUAAACAAUGCGAGCACCAGAAGCUGGAAGGCGGAAAUCUUGCAUUGGAGAGGAGCUUGCAUUACGGUAUUGAAGUAAGAGUGAUCAGAGGGAUCAAGUAUGAAAAUAGUGUUACCAAUAAGGUUUAUGUCUACGAUGGUUUGUAUAAGAUUGUUGAUUGUUGGUUUGAUGUUGGAAAAUCUGGAUUCGGUGUUUAUAAGUAUAAACUUUUGAGAAUGGAUGGGCAACCAGAGAUGGGUAGUGCAAUAAUGAAGUUUGCUCAGACGCUUAGGAUUAGGCCAAUUUCGGUCAGACCAGUGGGUUAUCUUAGCCUCGAUAUCUCCAAUAAGAAGGAGAGUCUUCCAGUCUUUCUUUUUAAUGACAUUGAUAGUGAUCAAGAACCAUUGUUUUACGAAUAUCUUGUGAAGUCCGUUUUUCCACCAAUUGUAUUUAGUCAAGGGAGUGGAACUGGAUGUAACUGUGUUUCAGGUUGUAAUGACAGUUGCUUUUGUGCUGCUAAGAAUGGGGGUGAACUUGCUUAUGAUUAUAAUGGUCUUUUGAUGAGAGGGAAGCCAGUAAUAUUUGAAUGUGGAGCAUCCUGUCAGUGUCCGCCAAAUUGCCGCAAUCGUGUAAGUCAGAGGGGCUUGAGAAGUAGAUUGGAGGUGUUUAGAUCACGGGAAACAGGUUGGGGAGUUAGAUCCUUGGACUUAAUACCAGCUGGUUCUUUUAUAUGUGAAUAUGCGGGGGUUGCUUUGACAAGGGAGCAAUCCCAAAUCUUCACAAUGAAUGGUGAUAAUUUGGUUUAUCCUAAUCGAUUUUCUGAAAAAUGGGCAGAGUGGGGGGAUUUAUCUCAGGUUUUUUCUGAUUAUACACGUCCAUCGUAUCCCUCAAUUCCACCUUUGGAUUUUGCGAUGGAUGUAUCACGAAUGAGAAAUGUUGCUUGUUAUAUAAGCCAUAGUUCUACACCCAAUGUCUUGGUGCAGUUUGUGUUGCAUGAUCACAAUAACCUGAUGUUUCCUCAUCUUAUGCUUUUUGCAAUGGAGAACAUCCCUCCCCUAAGGGAGCUUAGCCUUGAUUAUGGGGUUCCUGAUGAAUGUACCGGAAAGCUCUCCAUCUGCAACUAAGUCACUCUGAAGUGGUGUUAUAGUUAGACAUGUUUUAACGCAGAGUUGGGAUGUGAUGUUUCGAGGAAACUGUGCAGGGAGGGGUAAUU